GGAAAUGAACACAUGCUUUCCUACAGAUAUGAGUUAAUGUACAUUUUUUUCAAACCUUUUAUUUCGGUUGUUGGUUUUCUUCCCCCUGCUAUAGUCAACCGGGGUUGGGGAGCCAUUGGGAAAUCGUGACGUCAGCCGAUAUAUAUUAUUUAAAAAAUAAAUAAAGCAAACCCAAAAGGAAAACACGAGAAGAAAGCUACAACACACUCACCCUCUCUCUUAUCAAGUGUUUGCCGGCGGUUCUAUCACAGUAAGAAGCAAACUAAUUCAUGGAUAAGGUUCAAGGAUCGCUGGCACGUGCCGGAAAGGUGAGGGGUCAGACUCCAAAGGUGGCCAAGCAGGACAAGAAGAACAAGCUCCGAGGCCACACCCACAAGUGUAUGCAGUACAACCAUCGCUUCGUCACCGCCGUUGUUGGAUUUGGGAAGAAGCGUGGACCCAAUUCUUCAGAGAAGUAAGUAGCUUGCUAUAUGAGGAGUUUGGUUAUGGAGGCAGUGGUUGAUCAUGAAGCACCAGUUUCGCACUCUUAUAUUUUGUUUGUAGCUAAACUACAUUUCAGUUUAGUAGUUUAUAUUGAAAACCUAACUUUAUUUUGUUC